AUGUAUACUUUUUCCACCAAUCUAUUCCCAAAAAUCUCCUCAGAAGGUGAAUCUGUAAAGGCGAACACCAAUGGGACCCAGUCACACGGACCUGCUCAGCACAACAUGCCCAGUACCAGUGAAGGGAGUCGUGAUGAUGAUGGACACAGUAGGGCGCUGGGACGUGUGCAAAGGAAGAGAGCUGUGCCACGACGAUGCAUCAUCAAUGACACUGAUGAAGAUAGUGAUGAAAUUAAUGACAAAGAUAUGGAGGAUAGCAGCAAGGGUUCCGACUGUGGUGAAGAUGAGAAUGAACGAAGUGACGCUCAGGGUGAAAAUCACCGAGCUACACCCAAGAGCACCAAUCAGAGGUCGGAUGUGAAAGGAAAACAAGCACAACGGAGGAAAUAUGUGGAGCCGUCCAAGACCCAAACGUAA